CCCCUUGGAUCAACUCCUGGCUGCUGGAGGGGACAGGAAGAGGAACAGGGACGAGGACGGACAUGGCUGCCCCAGGCCAGCCCCAGAAGGCCACCUACGAUGCCAUCGUCAUCGGGGCUGGCAUCCAGGGCUCUUUCACUGCCUACCACCUGGCCCAGCGCCACAGGGACACUCUGCUGCUGGAGCAGUUCAUCCUGCCCCACUCGAGGGGCAGCUCGCACGGGCAGAGCCGCAUCAUCCGCAGCGUCUACCCCGAGGAGUACUACUCCCGCAUGAUGCCCGACAGCUUCCGCCUCUGGCAGCAGCUGGAGGCUGAGGCUGGCAUCCGCCUCUACAGGCAGACGGGACUGGUGGUGCUGGGGCCGGCGGGAAACGAGGAGCUGGAGGCCUGUCGGCGCAGCCUGGGUGACAGUCAAGUCCUUGACACCACGGCGCUGGCCCGGCACUUCCCUGGCUGCCGACUCCAGGCUGGCCAGGUGGCCGUGUUGGACAGCACCGGCGGGGUGCUCUUCGCUGACCGGGCACUGAGGGCGGUGCAGGAGGUCUUUCGCCGACACGGGGGCACCGUGCGGGAUGGGGAGAAGGUGCUGCGCAUUGAACCUGGGGCCAUGGUCACUGUCACCACCACAGGUGGGGUGUACCAAGCCCCCCGGCUCAUCAUCACGGCCGGAGCCUGGACAGGUCCCCUCGUGGAACCCCUGGGUCUCCGCCUGCCGCUGCAGCCCCUGCGCAUUGACGUGUGCUACUGGAGGGAGAAGGAGCCUAAGAGCACCAACAUGGGCAGUGUCAGUCCCUGCUUCCUGACCGUGGGGCUGAGCCAAGCCCCCCAUGGCAUCUACGGGCUGCCCGCCCUCGAGUACCCAGGGAUGGUCAAGCUGUGCCACCACCAUGGCAGCCCCACUGACCCUGAGAAGCGGGAUCAGGCCCCCUCGGGUGCCGACCGCCCUGACAUCAGCCUCCUGAGCAGCUUCAUCAGCAGUUAUCUGCCCGGGUUGGAGACCCAGCCGGCCGUGACGGAGACCUGCCUCUACACGAACACUCCAGAUGAAGACUUCAUCCUGGACCGGCACCCCAAGUUCAGCAACAUCAUCAUUGGUGCUGGCUUCUCAGGCCAUGGGUUCAAGCUGGCACCAGUGGUGGGGAAGUUGCUGUGUGAACUGAGCCUGGGCGAGGAGCCAUCCCACAACAUGGCCCCCUUUGCCAUCACCCGCUUCCAUGAUGUGCUCCAGUCUGUGCUGUAGGUGUGGGGCUCCAGCUGUGCCCCCAUGGCAUUGCACCAGACUGCAGCUGUGUCCCUGCAUUCCAGUGACCUUAUACCUCAGUAGGCCUGCAUCAAUACCCAUCUCCAUCUCCUUGCACCCUGGUGUCCCAACAUGCUAUACUUCUCCAACUCUAGCUGUCCUUCAUCCCCACAUCCCUAUAUUCCACCACCACAUCACCCAGCAUCCUGGCACCAAUCCAUGCCAGCAGCCCUCCAUCUGUGCAUCCCAGCACCACUGCACCUCCACAUCUCAGAACCUGGGUAUCCCCAUAACCCUGCAUCCCUGCUACCUGCAUCCCAGCAGCCCUGCAUCCCUAUACCCUGCCUCCCCACAUCCCAGCAUCCCUGUCUCCCUGCAUCCCAGCAUCCCCCAUGCCAUGCGGUGCCAAGCUGUCUCUACCAAGCACCCGCUCCCUGGGAACAAAUUAAGAAGCUUUGUCAGCCUCAUGAAGAUGGAGCUGGAGCAGCGCAGAGAGACACACUCGCUUAGGAGUCAAGUUAAAUGUUUUAAUGUUAAAUGUGCCAUUUUAUUAUCAUUAGAUCGCUCCCACUUAAUGAAA